CAUAACACUUUGUUCUUUUAUUCUGCUUUUUUGUAGUUUAACUGUCUUUGCAGAUGAAAAUCUCAAAAUACAACGUAUAUUAGAAGAGCUCUCAGAAUUAAGGACUCGGGUUGAUAAGCAGGAUCUCGAGCUGCAUCAGUUAAAACAGGUUGUAAAGUCCCAGAGUAUGGAAAUUCAGCUCCUUAAGGGUGUCCGCCUUACUGAUGACGUCAGUCCUGAGUUGGAGAGCAAUUCUGCUGACAAAGCUCAUGAAACAGUUUCUUCUCAAAAAUCGACAGAAUUGCUGAAUGCAAGUGCAAAUCUCACAAGAAGAAUUCUACGAAAGGAUCGUUCAAUAAGCCCAGGUUCUGUUCAGAUGACCCACCGCAUUGGUUUGACAGCCUACAGAGAUUCGAAUGAUCCUGUUGUUCCAAGAGAAACCCUGAUUUUCAACCACGUUCUUACAAACACCGGGAAUCGUUAUAAUCACUACACUGGGGUAUUCAGUGCGGAUCAGGAUGGUCUUUACGUUUUCUAUUUUGGUCUGGAGUGCAAGGGCGCAAAAAUACAAGCAGAAAUAGUUAAUGACAACGUUGCCUUUGGUUUUGUCUACUGUGAUGCCACAUCAGGUGGUUAUCACAACAGCGGAGAAAUGGUUGUUAGAGAAAUAUUUUCUGGUACUUCGGUCUGGGUACGCGUUGUCUCGUCAAGUGAUCAUAAUAAAAACACUCUCGGUGACAAAACCAUAUUCACAGGUUUUCUGCUUUACUAAUUCAUUAAAUUGUAUUGUUGAAAACAUGACAGGUUUUUUUUCAUAUUAAACUGUUAAAAUUUAUAAAUUUUCUUCGAUUUGUUAGUCAGCUUGAUUU